AGUGAGAGUGAGCAGGGACUAGAGGCGAGGAUGCUGUGCUGGGGCGAGGGAGCGUCUGUUCGGGAAGCGCUGCUGGGCAGCGGGGAUAACCGAGACAUCUCUGAACCCACCGAGCUGGAAUGUCUACGGGACCGACCGGUGAAGGAAGUUUCGUGCGGGGCCGGACACUGCGUGUUGCUUCACACAGACGGCACGGUGUACACUUGCGGAGAGAACGAUAGCCGGCAGCUCGGGAGGAAAGCGGACAAGUGUGCCUUGGGGCAAGUCGAGGCUCUAAAUACACGGACAGUUGUCCAGGUGGCCUGCGGAUGGCGCCAUACACUGGCUCUUUGUGAAGAUGGAUCUGUCUUUGCCUGGGGAGCUGGAAAUGAUGGCCAGCUGGGCAGAGGGGAGUGCCAGGACUUUGUUUCUCAACCAAGGAAGGUGACUCAACUUGAAGGUCCUAUUGUGCAGGUUCGAUGUGGCCAUUCCCACUCCCUGGCUCUUUCUCAAGAUUGUACAGUCUAUUCCUGGGGACAGAACAUUUACGGGCAGCUGGGAAUUAAAACAAGCUUGAAGAAGCAGCCCAGUCCACAUAGUGUGAGAUGUCUGCGUGGGAUCCCAGUGGCCCAGAUAACUGCAGGGGAAAGUCACAGCUUUGCCCUCUCUCUAUCGGGUGCAGUCUACGCAUGGGGGAGAAAUGACCGUGGACAGCUGGGGCUCAAAGACACAGCAGAAUGCCACGACCCAUGUCUUGUGCAACAACUGAAGAAGCUCAAUGUGAAAUAUAUCUCCUGUGGCAACAAACAUACUGUUGUUGUAACUAAGGAUGGAGAUGUAUUCAAAUGUGGAGAUGGGAAUGUGACCUUUCAAAAGGUGAAGCAAGUCAAGGGCAAGGUUUCCCAGAUAGCUUGUGGAAGCUUCCACACACUCGCCUACAUCCCCUCCUCUGAUCUUGUGGUUUCCUUUGGCUCUGCAAACCGAGAUAAAACGAAGAAAGGGUCAUCAAGAGACCAAGUUUAUCAAGAGUCACACAAUGCCAACGUUUACAAGAUCUUUGCAGGAGCAAACAUGAAUUUUAUUCAGACUCGGCUUGACCUUGGCUGCACAGAGAACACAAAGCAGAUACUCACAUUGGAUGAAACUAUUGUUGAGAGAUGGAUCAACAACGGGCAUGGAAAAAAUGCAGAAAAUGAAAUUGAUCUGAUAUUUUCUUCGCCAUCCUGUCUUGUUGGGAGCUUCCUCAAGCCAAGUGAUGGAGACCAGUGCAAUGUCGACUUGGAAUCUGCCAGAGAAAUAUUUAAGAAGCUUACUGAGAAAGACUGGGUUGUCGAUGAGAUAACGUCAAGCCUGGGAUCAAAUUUAAUUCCAAAACUUGGGACGUCUUGCCAAGACGAAGAAGCUUUGAUGAUUUACCUGAUUCUACCAGAGUGCUCUAUAAUGCAGAGUGAGAAUAACAUCAACACUUUGGUUGCCGGCUUUGUUAAAGCUCUCGCAUGUCUGGAUCCUGCCUCAAAAACUACACUGGGAAAAUACUGGUCGACCCUGAAAUCAUCCAACCUGAAUGUACUUGUCCAGAUGAUUAGGACUCUGUUGAUCAACCGGAUUAAAGAGCUUAAUUUAUUCCUACGGCUUAACGAGCACCUCCAGGUUCAGCAAUGUCCAAUUGGUCUAAAAGAGGUUCUGGACGUAAUGGAGUUGGUUUACAAAGCAAAUAGCAAGUCAGAACAUGGCAUUCCAGUGAGCAAAUUCUACAUCAGUCCAGAGGGCCUGUUUCCAUUUGAAGGAUACCCAGUGUUGUUUCUCUCGUAUGCAUUCAUCAUUGAUCUACCUGCCAAGGUUGAGCUGCUAUACGUGGAUUCAAAUAUGAUGAUACAGACGAAAGUUUUGGAAACUCUUCGCUUCACAUUCCGUAACUUGCUGGCAGGAAGCCCAGAACCACCCAAAAGUCUCGUGCUCGAGUUGAUGGUUGAUCGCCAAAACUUAGUUGCUGAUACAUUUGAAAAAUUGAGCAAGGUGGCGAAGGCCGAUCUACAUAAAGAACUUCAGGUGACAUUUGAAGGGGAGCGUGUCCUCGAUCCGAGAGCUAUGAGAAAUGAAUUCUUCAAAUUUGUUUUUCAUGAGCUGGUGCAGCGAGAUUCAAAGAUGUUUAUUUAUUUUCAGAAUUUCAGAACUAUUUGGUUUCCUUCUCAGGUCAAAGUCCCCAUGAAGAACUACUUCCUGCUUGGAAUAUUGUGUGGUCUUGUUGUGUACAACAAGUGUGUGGUUCAUAUCCCCUUUCCACUCGCACUGUUUAUGAAGCUACUGAUGGGCAAGCCAUCUCUGAAGAAUCUAUCAGAAAUGGAUCCUGAUUCCUACAGAUAUCUGAGAGGUAUUUUGGACUAUGAUGAUGUCGAUGAGCUUGGCCUUGACUGUACGAUGCCCUGGGAAGAGCAAUAUGUUGAAGUCAUUCCAAAUUGCAAAACCCAACCUUUGACUAACAAGAACCGGGAGAGAUUUGUAGAAGCCUGCAUGAACUACAUAUUCAAAACUUCAAUCAAAAAACCCUUUGAUGAAUUUAGAAAAGGAUUCUUUCAGAUUUUGGAUGAAAAUUUGAUUAAAUACUUCCAUCCUCAAGAGCUGAGGGACAUGUUGAUUGGAAGUAAUGACUAUGACUGGAAAAUGCUGGAGCAGAUUACAGCCUAUCAAGGAUACCACAUAUCACACCCAACCAUCAAGAUAUUCUGGAAGGUUUUCCAUGAAAUGACUUUGGACGAGAAGAAACUAUUCCUCUCAUUUAUCUUCGGAUCUGACCAAAUUCCAGUGAUGGGAAUGAAGUGUUUGAAGAUAAUAAUUUCUUCAUGUGAGUUGACUGAAGAUGAUUAUCCAGAGGCAGCCACUUGUUUUGACAUCUUGCUUCUACCAGAGUAUACCAGUGCAGAAUCUCUGAGAACAAAACUGGUGACAGCUAUCAAAGCUAAGAAGAAACUUAAUAGAGAAUGAAGCUACUCAGCAAAAGAGACUUCAGCUUUUAAUGGAAGAAACAUUAGCAACGACACCCUAUCCAAUGAUCCACACCUGCACUUAUAUCAAAGACUAGGAACAGCUGGGAAGAAACUGUCCCUGAAUCUGGUGGAAAUGUUCAAGACUGGAAACCUCUAUAAUGUUCAUGUUGUAAAGCAAAGUGUUGUCAAACUUGUGUAUGAACAGAGCAGAUUUUGAAAUUGGAGUGUAAUUUCUUCUGCACUCUUAAAGGAAGUUUAUUUUGCAACUAUUUAGGAGGCCCUUUGGCCCAUCAGGUCUUCGAACAAUCCCUUUGGUCUCAUUACCUUUCUCAUUUCCCUGUACCCGGCUUUAUCUAUUUCUCAGGGCAGCACAGUCGCGCAGCGGUAGAGUUGCUGCCUUGCGGCGCCAGAGACCUGGGUUUGAUUCUGACUAUGGGUACUGUCUGUGUGGAGUUUGCAUGUUCUCCCUGUGACCUGCUUUGGUUUUCUCUGGGUGCCCGUUUCCUCACACAGUUUUAAGAAAGAAUGGCAGAUGAUGGAAAAAUCGAAAGUAGACAAAAAUGCCGGAGAAACCCUGCGGGUGAGGCAGCAUCUAUGGAGCGAAGGAAUAGGUGAUGUUUCGGGUCGAGACCCUUCCUCACACAGGUUUGUAGGUUAAUUGGCUUUGGUACAAUUGUAAAUUGCCCUAGUGUGUAGGAUAAUGUGAGUAUGGGGUGAUUGCUGGUCCGCACGGACUCGGUGGGCCGAAGGGCCUAUUUCCGCGCUGUAUCUCUAAGCUAAACUAAACUAAAUAUUGUCACCUUAAAUUCUUUUUACAAUGAGUUGCCGUUGACAAUUAACCUAACAGCACGUCAUCAGGAUGUGGAACAAAUCCAGAGCCCCCGUAGGAAACCCCACAGAGAGAACAUGCAAGGUUUGGGGUCAGGACCGAACCAGGAGCUGUGAGGCAGCUCCACUGACUGCUGUGCCUUCACAUGGUUGGUAAUUUGGUUAAAACACCCACUGUGUACGAUCGGAAAAUGCCAUGGCUCAUUGGUGUCAGUGUGUGGACUAUGUUGAUGUACUGCCUAUCCUUGGAACAUUUUGCUGGAUCAUCCAUUGGAUAUUUAUGCUACUGAGACCUGCCAAUUCAUGGAGGCACAUAAAGAGAUGUUGAAUAAAUACACUAAAAGAAAGGAAUGACCCAACGGGCAGCAACCACGCCUCGACAGCAAGCCUGGCUCGCAACCAGGAACCCACCUGGAGUCGUCCGAGACUCGUCUCCUGUUCGACUCUGAAGACCGGGAACUGGUGAGGAGGACUGCGAUGGCGGACAAAUGUCUGUUUUCAAAAUGGCGGCGGAAGGAGGAGAGGAUCGGUGUUGCCAGGACAACGGGCCUUGAAGGCCAAGAUAAGGCUGCGCUCUUAGGAACUCUGAAACUUUGUUGACGCCAGAAACGUGGCAACACUUUGUGUACUGUCUCGGUGAUGUCUACUAUUACACUUCAUUUGUUGCAAUUUGAUUAUGCUAGUCUGGAGUAUGAUUUAAUUAGAUUGUUUGCAAAAAAUAUAUAUAUAUUCACUGUGCUUGGGUACAGAGGUAAAUGCGAAAGUAAUGUAUCAUCAUCACUGUUAAUCAUCACCAGUGUAAAAACAUUAAAUACAAUCAUACACUCAGCAGACCAGGUAGCAUCUGUGGAAAGUGAAAUUAUUCAUAUUUCAGUUUGAUAACCUUUUGUAAGAACUGGGAAAGUAUAAUUGAACAUUAAAAGCUGCUGAUAAUCUGUUCAAAUUAAGGGGAUAGGCCAACGCAUUAGAGCCAAAUGGCUUUUUUCCUGUGCUGUAAUUAUGAGAAUACUUUAAGUAGUUUUUGGUCAUCAUAUUAGCUAAGAGCAAAGCAUUCAAAGGGAAUGGAGAUGCAAGAAUCUGCAAAUGCUGGGAUCUUGAACAAAAAACCAAGUGCUGGAAGAACUCAGUGGGUCAGGCUGCAUCCUCGUGUGAAGAAAAGGUCCCAACACGAGACAUUGUCUGUCUAUUUCCUUGCACAAAUACUGCCUGACCCGUUCACUUCCUCCAGCAGUUUAUUUAAUGCAAUCGAAAACAAACCCAGCUUGCAUUGGGAUUUCUGGUCAUGGUGCUAUCGAGUUCUGUUUUCACACUGCAUCUCUAAAGUCUUUUAAAAAAAAAAAAAAAGCAUAUCUCCGGAGACCAGGAUCAGGCUAGAU